AUGGACUCCAACCUGCAGGGAACCUUCCUACUCAACAACCCUUCUCUGCCCCCUUUCCCAGAAGUGAAAGCCCCUGUGUGCCAGUACUCUGUGCAAAACUCCUUCUACAAGCUUAGUCCACCAGGAAUCAGCACCCAGCUGGCAGCCGGCACACCACACGGCAUCAGCGAUAUCCUAAGCAGACCAGUGGCUCCAUCGAACAGCAGCCUUCUCUCUGGGUACUCGCAUGUAGGUGGAUUCAAUGGACUGGGCACCCAGAGUAUCUACUAUGGGUCCCAAGUGGGGAACUUCUCCAAAGCAGGGAAUGAAUACUCAGCCCGGGGCAGGAGCUACUGGGCAGACACAGGACAAGACUGGCACGGAGGUCGGCCAUGUGGCAACCCCACAGGGCACGUGGGGGACAGCCUCCACAAGAAGAAACACACGCGGCCAACCUUCACAGGCCACCAGAUCUUUGCACUGGAGAAAACCUUUGAGCAGACCAAAUACUUGGCUGGGCCUGAGCGGGCACGAUUGGCAUAUUCCCUUGGCAUGAGUGAAUCCCAGGUGAAGGUGUGGUUCCAGAACCGACGCACCAAGUGGAGGAAGAAAAGCGCCCUGGAGCCAUCAUCGUCCUCUCCCCGGGCAGGGGCUGGACCAGGCGAGCGCUCCAUCUCUGACGAGGAUGAUGAGUACAACAAGCCCUUGGACCCUGACUCGGAUGAUGAGAAGAUCCGCCUCCUGUUACGCAAACAUCGGGCGGCCUUCUCCGUUGUAGGCCUUGGUUCUCACAGUGGCUGA